UAAAAUUGUGUUGUGUUAGAUAAAUUAUAUAGGUUAUGUUUAUCGGCGUGUAAACUAAGAUAUAAUAAUAAUUUUAAUUAAAGUAAUUAUUUACAAUGACAGAAGACGUUAUAAAAAUCGGCGAGUACAUCAUCAUACAGAAACAGAACUACAAGAAGCUGCACAAGUUAAAUAAACCGAAUUCUUCUGUGACUCUAGGACGUGAUGGUGUAAACUUGAGUGGUAUCGAAGGAUGUCCGUAUUUCUCAGUGUUUCGGAUGAUACCGAGCAGUAAAAAAGGUAGAGAAUACCGGCUGGAACUUACAGACGAAGCGGUGGAGCUGAAAGAUGAAAUAGACAUAAGAGCAUCAGGAAUGGAUAACAGGAAUAUCAUAGACGAUGGUCGAUCGCAGAAACUGAGUGCCGCCGAAAUAGCUGAGAUAACCAACGACGCAAGCAAAGCGGCAGACAUCGUAGAAACCCUAAUAUCCAACUCUAACACUUUCCACAACAAAACAGAGUUCUCACAGGAGAAAUAUUUGAAGAAAAAGGAAAAGAAAUAUUUCGAAUACGUGCAGAUAUUGCGACCGAACUUGCGGUUUAUAUCGGAAAUUAUGUAUAGGCUAGACCCUGGUAAAAUACAGUAUAUAAGAAUGGACACGUUGUCACAGAUUAUUACUCUUAGUAACAUACAUUCGGAAGGUGUUCAUUUAUUGUAUGACUCUGGGUCAAACGGCCUUGUGGCGGCUGCUUUAUUAAGUGCUAUUGGGGCAAAUACAAAUGGUAAACUAGUGCACAUGCAUCCUGGCAACAUGUCUCAGAAACAAGCUCUAUUAGCAAUGAACUUUAGUGAGGAACAAAACAACCGAUGUAUAUCUGUCAAUAUUUAUUCUGUUCUGCGGCAGUAUUAUCAAGGAUGCGACACACAUGAUGCCAAAGAAGCAACUGAAAGUACAGAACCCAAUCCGUUGAAAAGAAAAGCUGAAAGUGACGAACAUAAAUCAAAAAUACCUAAACUUGACGUAGAAGCUUCUAAUGACGAUAAAGAAGAGGAAAACGGUGAAAAUAAAAAUGGCAUUGAAGUUGACACUGUACAAAAUACCGAAAACGAUAAACCAGCACCUAAAAAGCCAAAAUGGCACUUUGAUAACAUCACAGCUUCAGAAUUAUUAACACAGAAAGUUGAUUCUCUAGUAAUAGCAUGUAAGGAAGACCCGUUGCAUAUAUUCAAUGAGUUGUUACCGUUUGUGAAGGCGGGGAGACCGUUUGUUGUGUAUUAUAGUGUAGCAGAACCAUUGCAGAAUUUGUAUAUAGAGCUGAAGUCUAAUCCUCGAGUAGUUGCCUUGAAGCUUACUUGUAACUGGAUGAGGAAUUAUCAGGUGCUACCAGAAAGAACUCAUCCUGAGGUGAUGAUGAACAACCAGAGUGGGUUCCUGUUGACGGGAUACGUGUUGAAAUGACGGCAGACCUCCACUGUGACAUUGGCCCCGAUUCCUGGAGA